AACUCGGGUCUCCAAGCUGUGAGGCCUGCGCACUUACCACUCAUCCGCCGUCAUUAAAGACAUAAAAAAUAUGAUUUUACUGAUGGUGACAGUUUGACCCUGGACAGAUUCUUUAUUCGGUAUGGAACAAAUGGAAGGUGUUGUGUUAGACUUUUUACAAUUUUGUGAAAUGUCUCACAAAUCUUGCAUUUUAAAAGUGUUUUAUAAACAGUUGGACUAACUUCUUGAUAUGAGUGGAUAAAUGCUCCAAAUAAAUGUACAUCCUAAACCUGUAUCAACAUUGCAGGGUGACCAGAAGGGGGCCCUGCUCAGACCAUUCUGAAGCCAUAUACUGCUUAUUCCCUAUCAGUACCAGGAAGUGCUGCCAAACAAACCAAGCACCGCUAACAGAUAUUUAAAAACAAACUUUUUUUUUUUAAACAGAAACUACUAUUGCUACUACUACUAUUACUACUACUACUACUGAGCAUCUCCAAAAAUGAAUGCCUGCCACUUCGCCAUCCUCUUUCUCCUCAACCCCUCCCUCCCUUGGACUACAUGUACACACACAUACACUCUCCUCCCUACCGCACACACACACAUAUACGGACGCUUGGACGCUGCAGCGUUUUUUAAGAGAGUGUUUGCAAGCCCGGAGAGGUGGGAGGAGGCAGGGGGGAGCGGAUCAUGUCAGGAGCGUGUUAGAAGGAGAGAGAAAAAAAAACACACUAAGGUGGAAGAAGAAAAAUCCAAGACAAAGCGAUCGGGAUGGAUGGGCGGUGUGUUUCGGUGUCAUUGCAGACAUGGGUCGCAGCGGUACGACACCUUGCCUUCAGCUCCUUGGGGGGUGUUUUCACUGUCAGUUCUUCGGCGUUGCAAAUGGCGUUGUGCUGCUGAUGCUACCGCUGCUGCUGCUGCUGCUGAGCCCGGGAGACGCAGCCGAGGCGGCGGAUGCCAGGGAAUAAGACACAUCAUAUAUGAUCACCUGCGCUUUUCUUUGCCUUGGAUUUUCCGUAGCGGUGGACGGUACCAUGGUGAAUUACCAGAAAUACAUUACAGUGAUGCAGCUGGCUCUGGGGGUGACUGCCUCCAAUAAAGAACAUUGUCUUCCACCCAGGAAGCGAAUGUGGAUACACCCCAGCCCGACCACUGGCUCCAUCACAGCCGCCUCCUCUGUGAGCACCAUUCAGGGCAAGCCAUCACUCCGCCGCAUCAAGGGCCGAAUUCACAGGAGCAAGAGCCUGGACAGCAUUGAUCUCCUUGACUCUAAUAGCGCAGCUAUGGAGGAGACUGUCAUUUGGGAACAGCACACUGUAACACUGCACAGGGCACCAGGGUUUGGCUUCGGGAUAGCCAUAUCAGGAGGUCGCGAUAACCCUCAUUUUCAGAGCGGCGAGACCUCCAUUGUCAUCUCAGAUGUGCUAAAAGGCGGCCCAGCUGAGGGCCUACUCCAGGAAAAUGACAGAGUUGUCAUGGUCAAUGCUGUGUCCAUGGACAAUGUGGAGCAUGCAUAUGCAGUCCAGCAGCUUCGUAAAAGUGGGAAAAUUGCCAAAAUUACAAUCAGACGGAAAAGGAAGGUGCACGUCCCCAUGGGUCGCCUUGGGGAGCGGGAAACGAUGUCGGAGCAUGAUGAGGAGGAGGACAGCUACGAUGAAGAGAUAUAUGAGACGCGGAGCGGACGGAGUGGCGCCUACAGUGGCGUGGGCGGAGCCAUGGGCAGGCGCAGUGGUCGGAGCUGCGGCCGACGGGACAGAGAACGUGAACGCAGUGGCUCACGAGAGAGAAGUCUCUCACCGCGGUCGGAUCGCCGCUCACACAACCUGCCCCCUCGUCCCGCCAAGGUCACGCUGGUCAAAUCACGUAAAAAUGAAGCAGAGUAUGGCCUGCGCCUGGCCAGCCACAUCUUCGUCAAGGACAUCUCCCCCGAGAGCCUGGCUGCCAGGGAUGGAAACAUCCAGGAGGGGGACGUCGUACUGAAGAUCAAUGGCACAGUGACAGAAAACCUCUCCUUGAUCGAUGCCAAGAAACUGAUAGAAAGGUCAAAGGGCAAGCUAAAAAUGGUUGUUCAGAGGGAUGACAGGGCGACCUUGCUGAACAUCCCAGACCUCGAUGACAGCAUUGCUUCAGCAAACGCCUCUGAUAGAGACGACAUUUCAGAUAUCCAUUCGCUGGCAUCCGACCAUUCCAAUCGAUCGCAUGACAGACGUCGGAACAGCCGCUCCCGUUCUCCAGACAGGCGAUCGGAACCGUCAGACCACUCCAGACACUCGCCACUUCAAAUCAGCAAUGGCAGUCACAGAAGUCGAGAUGAAGAGCGGAUAUCAAAAGCGGCCUCAACACCAGCAAAGCUUUCGGAGGAACUUCCUCUGCCCAAGCCGAAGGAGGCAGCACUCGCUCGGGAUGAGAAACAACUUCCGCCGCUUCCAGAGCCAAAGCCCGUGUAUGCCCAGCCUGGACAGCCUGAUGUCGACCUGCCUGUCAGCCCAUCUGACGCUCCUGUGCCAAGCGCCGCUCAUGACGACAGCAUACUUCGGCCAAGCAUGAAGCUGGUAAAGUUCAAAAAGGGUGAGAGCGUGGGGCUGCGGCUGGCGGGAGGGAAUGACGUCGGCAUCUUUGUUGCUGGAGUGCUUGAGGAUAGUCCAGCCGCGAAGGAGGGCCUGGAGGAGGGAGACCAAAUUCUCAGGGUAAACAAUGUUGAUUUUGCAAACAUAAUCCGAGAGGAGGCGGUACUGUUCCUUUUGGACCUUCCUAAAGGUGAAGAGGUAACCAUAUUGGCUCAAAAGAAGAAAGAUGUCUAUCGACGGAUCGUGGAGUCUGAUGUGGGCGACUCCUUCUACAUCCGAACCCACUUUGAGUAUGAGAAAGAAUCUCCAUACGGGUUAAGCUUUAACAAGGGGGAGGUGUUCCGUGUGGUGGACACCCUCUACAACGGCAAGCUGGGUUCCUGGCUCGCGAUUCGCAUUGGCAAGAACCAUCAGGAGGUGGAGAGGGGCAUCAUCCCCAACAAAAACAGAGCAGAGCAGCUCUCCAGUGUGCAGUAUACACUCCCCAAAACAGCCGGGGGUGACAGGGCGGACUUCUGGAGGUUCCGUGGUCUUCGCAGUUCAAAAAGGAACCUCCGGAAGAGCAGAGAAGAUCUUUCCUCACAGCCAGUCCAGACAAAAUUCCCAGCAUAUGAAAGGGUUGUACUGCGAGAAGCUGGUUUUCUAAGGCCUGUUGUCAUAUUUGGGCCUAUUGCUGAUGUUGCGCGAGAAAAACUCUCCAGAGAAGAGCCGGAUCUUUUUGAGCUUGCAAAGAGUGAGCCAAGAGAUGCGGGAACAGACCAACGGAGUUCAGGAAUUAUUCGUCUUCACACCAUCAAACAAAUCAUUGACCGAGACAAACACGCUGUGUUGGACAUCACCCCUAAUGCUGUGGACAGACUGAACUAUGCUCAGUGGUACCCUAUUGUUGUUUUCCUAAAUCCUGACAACAAGCAAGGUGUGAAGAACAUGAGGACAAGACUUUGUCCAGAGUCUAGGAAAAGCGCCAGAAAACUCUAUGAGCGAGCCAUCAAACUGAGGAAGAAUAAUCAUCAUCUGUUCACUACCACUAUCAACUUGAACAACAUGAAUGAUGGUUGGUACGGAGCACUUAAAGAAACAAUACAACAGCAACAGAACCAGCUUGUGUGGGUGUCCGAGGGCAAGGCGGACGGCACCACGGAGGAUGAUUUGGAUAUCCACGACGACCGCCUGUCCUACUUGUCUGCACCGGGUAGCGAGUACUCCAUGUACAGCACGGACAGCCGGCACACGUCCGACUACGAGGACACGGACACAGAAGGAGGUGCAUACACGGAUCAGGAACUCGAUGAGACGUUGAACGACGAGGUGGGUCUGCCCACGGAGCCCGCCAUCACACGGUCUUCCGAACCUGUGAGAGAAGACCCACCUGUCAUUCAGGACACGCCUGGUUACCCUGGAUACCAGCACCCAGUGCCACCAGACCCUGCUAAUCGUAUAGACCCCACUGGAUAUAAGUUGCCCUCUCCGCAACAGCAAGAUGAGGCUUCUCUGCCCAUGCCCUCGUUGCCUCCAGCGCCCUCUGCUGUUGAGCAGCCUGUACAGCUAGAGGGUAUACACCCAGAGGAGCCGCCUGCUGCAGCCGCAGCUUCUCAGGCUGACUCUCUUAGCAGCCCCAGUCCUGCCCCUGAGCUUAUUCAUCCCCCACCACCACCACACGAACCCCACCCGUCUGGACCACCUGGUCCAGAACCAAAGAUGUACAAGAAAGAUCUAUACAAUAUGGAUGAACCUGUGCGAGUGAACCACGGCAUGAAGCAGUCUAUGAGCUACAGUCACCAGCCACCAUACCAGGACAAGCAGCCAUACCGCGAAUACGACCACCCGCCUUACUGUUAUGAUGGAGGCGGCUACGCAGAACCAAAGCCUCACAACACUGACUCUCACCUGCACUACGACAACCGUGUGCCUCAUUACAACGAACAAUGGUCCCCCUAUGACCAGCAGACCUCUUCCUCCCAGCCCCCAGGUUACCAACAGGGCCACCAGCAACCCAUCAACUACAACCCCAGGUCCCCGUACGAGGAUGGCUCGGGGAGGGACUACAGCCCGCCGCAGCCACGCUAUGAAGAGACCCUCCCCGUGGGGUAUGAUGGAAGAUCACGUCACAGUAAACCCGGGCCCAUUCGUUAUGAUGAACCACCUCCACCACCACCCCCAGCAGGCUACGAUGUCCGCUCUCCUUAUGAGGCAGAAACUCACGGCUUCCCGAUAAACUCACCUCGUUCACCAGAACCGCCAAAGCAGUACUAUGGUGACCCGGGUCUAAGGCCCUCCUACAUUCCUGGGCCACAUCGGGGCUUCAAGGCAGGAAUGCAUGAGCCCGCAAUGAAUUCUGAGCCCCCAGCUCUUCCUCCGAAAACAGAAACCCUCCCAUCCCCAGAUGAGGCAGUGAUCUCGCCAGGCUCCAAACCCUUCCCGCCUCUCCAACGGGAAGACCUGGAUGAUGACCCGGCCAUGAAACCGCAGUCGGUGCUCAACAGAGUGAAGAUGUUUGAAAAUAAACGGUCUGUUUCUAUGGACAGGGCAAAAGAAGGAGAUUCGUCAGUUCUCAGGCCUGCAGAUGUUCCUAAGCCUUCAAGCGCACCUUGUCCAGUUCUCAAGGCCAAUUCUCUCAGCAAUCUGGAGCAGGAAAGGUCAUCUUACAGGGCUCCUGAGCCACAAAGGCCUCACACAAAACCACUUGAUGAUGUCAUGCGCUCCAAUCACUAUGAUCCAGAUGAGGAUGAGGAAUACUACAGGAAGCAGUUAUCCUAUUUUGAUCGUCGUAGCUUUGACAGCAAAGCCAUGGGCCAACCCAAUCCAGGCAUCAAUCGCUUCCACGAUCUAGCCAAACCAGCUCAACUGUCAUACCCAUACAACAGGGUGGAGUCUGUUGAGAAGGUGAGUCCAGGGGAGAAACGAUAUGACCCCCUCGCUCAAAUCAGCCCCCCCACUCAGUACGGACCUCCCGGCUCUGCCAUCCCACCCAAUACACUGCCUAAACUCAGCCCUGGUGAUGUUAACUCCAUACCAGAGCCACUAACCUCACCCAAUCCCAAACCUGACCUGACUGCUCUCAGACCCACUAGCAGGGAUGAACCCACACCGGUUGGUUACCUCCCCCCGAGAGCCCUCCCUGACAAGCCGCCGGUCAACGGCACUGACACGGCACCCUCAAAGAGUAUUGCCCCUCCCGCCCCCAUCGGUUACAACCGCUAUGUCCCCAAGCCGUACACCAGCUCAGCACGACCUUUCGAGCGCAAGUUUGAGAGCCCCAAAUUCAACCAUAACCUGCUGCCCAACAACACACAGGUGAAGACGGACAUCCUCAGCAAGCCCGGUGGGGGAAAGCCCCAAGUGUCACCUCAACCUCUGGACCAUGACAGCGGCCUGGACACCUUCACACGCACCAUGGACAACAGGCCCAAAUACCAGCACAACAACAUCAACGCCAUCCCCAAAGCCAUCCCCGUAAGCCCCGGCGCACUGGAUGAUGACGAUGAGGAUGAAGGGCACACGGUGGUGGCCACCGCCCGAGGCGUCUUCAACUGCAAUGGAGGUGUCCUGAGCUCCAUCGAAACGGGCGUCAGCAUCAUCAUCCCCCAGGGUGCUAUCCCAGAGAACGUAGAGCAGGAGAUCUACUUCAAGGUGUGCCGAGACAACAGCAUCCUGCCCCCACUCGACAAGGAGAAAGGAGAAACGCUGCUAAGUCCGCUGGUGAUGUGCGGCCCUCACGGACUCAAGUUCCAGAAGCCUGUGGAGCUGCGCUUACCUCACUGUGCGUCUAUGACCCCUGAUGGUUGGUCUUUUGCUCUAAAAUCCUCCGACUCCUCGUCGGGUGACCCUAAAAGCUGGCAGAACAAAUCUCUCCCGGGAGACCCCAACUACCUUGUGGGUGCAAACUGCGUGUCUGUGCUCAUCGACCACUUCUAAAGAGGGCGACAGCUGGUCUGUUAGUGAAUGUGGAAGAACGGGGCAGGAGUCGUCCCCCUCUCUGCACUUGAGGUGGGGGUACACAACAUUCACCUCAAGGCGGUGAAUCCAACACUCUCACGUUGUUUACCGGACCCUCAAAAAAAAAAAAAACAAGGAAAAAAAAAAACACUCACGAGGAGAGUCGGCCCCCGUGGCUCUUCUUUUUUGUCGUUUUUGUUGGUGCUUUUUGAGGCUUGCAAAAAAACAAAAAAAGAUCAAAUAGAAGACGUUAUCGGAACAAUGGGACUGAAAUGAGAGUGCAUGACGGUGCCACAGACUGAAUAAUCUCAUCUUGAUAUUUUUAGUAACUUUUUCGGGGGGGAAAAAGGUCAGUGAAGUAAAAGGAAAAAGUCGAAUUUGGGGAAUCAUAUUGCUGUAAAAAAAGAAAAAAAGUUGGCAUAUGCAAGCAUUUUUGUUGUGCAGCCAUGAAGAAUCUUUUGAGGACUUGAUGUAGCGUUAUGUCAAAAGAAGAAAUGAAGGUUCAUUAUUCUAAUAGUAGUAGUAUCAAAGAGGCCUGUUUGUUCGGAUCGGGCACUCUUGUUUCAUUAAAAAAAAAAGUGAUGUUUUUUGUAGCAAAUGUUUUACCGUAGACGAAUAACAAAUGACUUGAUUUGACAAACUCCUGCUGUCUAGAGAUCUAUGCAUGUGCUAUGACUCAGGUCCAGAUGCCUGCUACCACUUCAAACACAUGAGAAUCCCAUCCAACACUGCGAGCAGUGAUGCCUUAUCUGCAUAUAAAGAGAGAACUUUACAGUCCAAAUUGAAGCCACCUUCGACCCUUCCCGUCACAGCCAACACAAAAUUGUCUCUUGCUUUUUGUUUCUCCUAAACCUGAACUUGUAUUCUAGCACACGCGUGAAAGCAGAAUGGAUGCUGAUUGAAAAAGAUCAUAAUUUCUUUUCCUGCUAUGCAUAUAUGAAGCGUGAGGAGAUUCAGAAAAGCUCCCGGAUGUUGUGUCUGUACAUAUUGCUAGCAUAUGGCCUUGGUUCUCUGUAAAUGAAAUUUUCUACAUCUUUAUUAUUUUGUAUAAAAGACAAAACAUUUCUUUAAAAAAAAAACAAAAAAAAAUGAAAGCGGUUACAUUGGUUAUGUUUAUAUUCUGGUUAAAACCCUGAGCCUUGGAACUGACAUAAGCAGUAAUAAAUCCAACUUUUGUACCAACAUAUACACACACACUCACUACUUUAGGCAUUUUUUAACAGUCUGAAACUUUUUAUUCCUAUUUACAAAAAAUAAAAAAUAAAGAAGUGCUUGGUUUAAAUCAUUUUAAAAGAUAUGCUCAAAGGGUUUAAGGGCGGGGGAAGCGGGGUCUGUUACAAAAACUGGUCCCUUUCUUUAUUUGUGAUACUGGAUGCUUUAUUGUGUGCCCUGAAAUGUAUUUUUGUACUAAUAGACGAUUUAUUAUGGCACAUCAGUACUAUUUUCUUUUGAUAUGGUAACACUUCACUGCUUCAAUGCAACACUACUUUAUUUCCCCGGGCCUGUCCAGCAUUAUUUUUAUUUAUUUGGAUUCCUCUUUUUCUUUCAUACCUUAUUUUUCCGUCUGCAACACAUUUUUUUUUAAAUGUAUACCACUGUAUUAAUAAAUAAAUUUCAUUUUGAAAUUA